AUGAGUGCUGAUUGUUCUGUUGGUGCUAAUCCUUUAGCGCAGUUAACCAAGCGCACGCAACAGGAUAGAACAUUGCAACAUGGCACACAUGUGAACCUCCAGCACCAAAAUGAUGGAAAUACGUUCAAAUCUACAGGUUCUGUAGUGAGUGACUCUAAUAAGCUCCAUAUGGAACAGUUUAUGGGUAGGAAUACAGCAGCAGAGAAUAGGUAUAUCAGUUCACCUCUUUCGGGCCCUUUAUCGCUUUCUGGGGCACACCAGCAACAAACUUUUAUGUCUUCACAGUCAACAAAGGAGUUGGUGAAUAAUAAUAAAGGUAUAACGAAUAGUGGCUUGAUUAGUAGUUGGUCGCAGGAGUUUCAUCAAAAGACGGCGAGUCCCGAUCAAGCGAGUCCUGUAUUAUCGACUUCGUCGAUGAAUUCUGCGUCUUCAGGUGUAAUUGGGAAUGUAGCAGGGUAUAGGCCUCUAAAUAUGAUGAGGCCAGCCAUGGGUCUUCAUCAGCAUAUUCCCAGAAUGUUACAUACCCCUCAGUCGCAGCGGGAAGAAACUGCGUUAAACAGAGAGGCAUGGGAUCAGCACUUCAAGGAAUUAGAGCAGGAGGUUGAGAAGACGUUAAAUAUUUCGGAUGGGGACAUUCAGGAAUCAUCUGUUCCAGAGAACAUCGUGGUUGAAGAGGAUUACCAGAACAAGUUCCAAGAAAUAUGGGACGAUCUACAUGACCGUGCAAAUGAUUCGGGGUUGGGAACUGAGAUGGACCAGGAUUGGGAAGUUGAUUAUCAACGCUACUUAUCCGGUCGGACUACACGUACUUCGGAGUAUAAAUUCGAACAGGAUAAUCAGUACAUACAUAAUCCUAACGCGUACGAAAUUGGGUGCAUUUUAAUGGAGAAUGGUGCCAAGUUAAGCGAGGCUGCCUUGGCAUUUGAAGCUGCAGUCCAGGAGAACCGCCAACAUGCGGAUGCUUGGUUGAGACUCGGGCUAGUGCAGACGCAAAAUGAGAAGGAGCUAAGCGGGAUAAAUGCCCUCGAACACUGUCUCAAGGUAGAUCCUAACAAUCUUACGGCAAUGAUGACAGUGGCUAUUAGCUACAUAAAUGAGGGCUACGAUGUUAGCGCAUUAACUAUGUUGGGCAAAUGGUUAGAAACAAAAUACCCGGAAGUGGUUCAGAAACGUACCGAUGAACAAGCAGACAGAUUUAGUUUGAGCAAAGUAAUUACUGAUCAAUAUUUGAAAGUCAUUAACACACUUCCCGAAAUUGACCCCGACGUUCAGUUGGGCUUAGGCGUCUUGUUUUAUGCCAAUGAUGAAUUUGACAAAACAAUUGACUGCUUUAAAGCCGCGUUGCAUGUACGGCCAAACGAUGAGUGCAUGUGGAACCGUCUUGGUGCUUCCUUGGCAAAUUCAAACCGUUCAGAGGAAGCAAUUCAGGCAUACCACAGGGCCAUACAACUAAAGCCCGCUUUUGUGAGAGCUCGCUAUAACCUCGCCGUUUCUUCUAUGAAUAUCGGCUGUUAUAAAGAAGCUGCUGAACAGCUACUCACUGCGUUAUCUAUGCAUGAAGUUGAAGGUGUAGUAAUGUCGGCAGGUAGCGGGACUGUUCCCUCUUCCAACAUCCUAGAAACGUUGAAACGCGCAUUUAUGGCCUUGGAAAGACGUGAUCUACUUGAAAAGGUGGUCCAGAAUAUCGAUUUGAACCAGUUUCGUGAUGAGUUUAAUUUCUGA